AUGUCGGACAUCUUCAGAGACUCAACCGUUGGGGCUCUCAUCAACUACGCCACCAAUGGACGGCUGUUCCCAUUCCCUGACCAGCGUCCAGAGUGGCAACUUCCAGCCAAUCUUCGACCCAAAUCGCACAGUCGUGACUCUGACGUGAAAAACAGGGACAAAGUUGCUGUCGAAUCUGCUGGUUCGAAUACUCCGACCUCGAGAAAUUCUGGGGAGCUUGAGAAGGGGCCUGCUCCAACCGAACCUGUUUCCGACAAGCCUGUUGUUGGAUGGUACGAUGAAAAUGACCAGGAAAAUCCAAUGAACUGGUCAUUGUUCAAGCGUUGCGCUGUUGUCGCCAUGACUUGUCUUUUGACUACCAGUAUAUAUCUGGGUUCCGCCAUCUACACCGCAUCCAUCCCCGACAUCAUGGAGGUUUUCAACUGCAGUCAGACAACCGCAACGGCUGGAUUGUCAUUAUACGUCAUUGCCUACGGUAUUGGGCCCAUGUUCCUUAGUCCCAUUUCCGAGAUUCCUUCCGUCGGCAGAAGGGAAAUUUACAUCGUCACCCUGAUCAUCUACACCGCUCUCCAAGUCCCCACACUCUACGCCAACAACAUUCACACUUUGCUCGCCAUGCGUUUCUUCGCUGGAUUCUUCGGCUCCCCCGCACUUGCCAGUGGAGGUGCUACUAUCCAGGACAUGUUCCACUUCAUCAAACUUCCCAAUGCCAUGAUACUUUGGAGUGUUACUGCGCUUUGCGGACCUCUUGUUGGACCGAUCAUGGGUGGAUACGCUGCUGCUGUAAAGGGAUGGAAGUGGCCACUUUACGAGCUUCUGUGGCUAGUUGGCUUCACUCUCAUUCUCCUUAUCUUCUGGUACCCUGAGACCAAUGCCGAGACCAUUCUCCUUCGCCGUGCCAGGCGCAUCAGGGCACGAACUGGAAACCAGGAACUCUACAGCGAGGGUGAAGUCAGGCAGUCCCACCUGAAGAGCUCCCAAGUCCUGUACGAGUCUCUUCUCAGGCCAUUCCAGCUCAUGACCGAGCCUGUCGUUCUGUACCUGAACCUCUAUAUCUCACUCGGAUACGCUAUCUUCUACUUGUGGUUCGAGGCCUUCCCGGUUGUCUACAUUGACAUAUACCACUUCAGCCUUGGUGCAUCUGCUCUUCCUUUCCUCGGGCUUCUCGUCACGGCUAUCCUCACUGGUAUUUGCUAUUUGAUCUACAACAAGAAGGUCAUCGAAGCUACUUUCCUUCGCACUGGUGCAAUUAUCCCUGAGUCCCGUCUCACAAUUGCUCUCUUUGCGGCGCCUUUCGGUCCCGUCGCGCUGUUCAUCUUCGGAUGGACUGCUCGUGAAAGUAUUCACUGGAUGGCUCCUACAAUCGGUGCCGCCCUCUUCUUGCCUGGUCUUCUUCUCAUUUUCCAGGGUGCUGUCGUGUACCUCCCUAUGUCAUAUCCUCGAUAUGCGGCGUCUAUCCUGGCAGGCAAUGGCUUGUUCAGGGCUGUCCUUGGUGGAGCGUUCCCCCUCUUUGGACGGGAACUUUACACCUCACUCGGUGUUGGCGGCGGUUGCUCGCUUCUCGCAGGCAUCACCAUCGCAUUCUGGCCUGGUCUGUGGUACCUAUGGAGGUACGGCGCUGAGAUCAGAGCCAAAUCGAAAUACGCCAACUUCUAG